GAAUAUUAAUUGUUUGUCAUGAAUCGAAUGUCAUCUUGAUCGUUGAUGUUUCUUGCAAUCGUACUAUUUCUCUAUUACUUGAAUGUAAUCUUACAUUAAAGAUAAAAUUGCAAUACUUUCACUAUUUGUGGCGUAGUAAUCGGUUAAUAUCAAAAUAUUUUCAUUUACAAAGUGAAAACACUUUAAGAAAAUUACUCUCAUUAUUGUUUUGUCUCUUACAUUGUUGUAUAAAAAAAGCGAUGACUUAUUAAAGAAUGUCGUGUAAUACGUGUGAAGCGAAGUUUACAUUCUUUAAAAAAGAACAUGCUUGCCCUACUUGUGGUUUCUCCUAUUGUAGCAAGUGUCUGAAAUAUCAACAUAAUGUACCAAAUAAAGCAGUAAAGAAGAUUUGUGGACGUUGUUACAACAAGAAUAAAUCAAUAAAUAAAUUAAGCAACAAUAUGGAAUCACCAUCCUCAGAUACUUCUGAUGGUCCUUUAGCACCAAUUGACAUAGCAAGAAAAUUGGAUUCAUUGGAAAAUCCAUCUAAGCCUCCCAUAGUUAUGUACACUCAUGCAAAUCAUUGGGAUAAGUUUAAAACAGGUUUGGAACCUGCUGAUCAAGAAAUAGUAGAUCGAUUAAGAAAAUUGAAAGGAGAAGACAAUAAGGUACCAUUGCCCAGUGUUGAAGAGAUCAAAAGAAGAUUGGCAAUAUUGAAAGAUGAAGAACCCGAAGAGAAAAUAACUAAUAUUCAGAAGGUUGACAGUAGAACAGAUCAAGAAAAAACUGAUGACUUGAUAAAAGAAUAUCUCGAAAGACUUAAAUUAUCUUCUAAAAAUAAUCCUGAUAAAGAUAUCGAAGCAAGACUGCGAGCACUACAAGAUAUUAAUAAUUCCAGAUCUAACUCAACUCCGAGUCACAGUUGUAAUAAUUUUGACGAGGACGAUGAGAAUGCUGUAACGAAGAAGAUCAUUGAAAAAGCAUUGGCUGAGGCAGCUCUCGAAAAAAAAUAUGAAGAAGUGGAUGAACUUGAAGAAAUGGAAGUAGAGACUGGAACACCAAGCAACGAUGAAGACGAAGAAAAACCCGUCUGCGUUAUGUGCGAUCAAACAAGAGACUUGGUAAAAUGUAGAGGAUGUAGCGAUGAUAUUUAUUGUACGAUGUGCUUUGAAGAAAAUCACGAUGACUUUGAAAUGAAAAAGCACAAAAAAGUGCCUUUGAAGUAUACAGGCAGCAUGAUACCAGAAUAAAUAUUUCACGAAGUAUUCAUUG